GCUCAGUGCAGCGCUCGGCAGUAGUAGGGGAGCAGCGUUAUACAGGGGGGUCCCAUCAGCUCCCCCCACCACCCUCACAUCUGGACCCGGCACAUGUGGGACGUCGCCUCAUUUGGCCCCAGCGUUUGAGUCUCACUGUAAAGGGGGCUUAUUCCUACCCACAGGAUGUCUCACCUAUCGGUCAACGACCACUUGGAGGGGAUCCUCUCCGACUUUGAAGCUUUGAAAAGAUCUUUUGACAUGGAGGACAUUGAUGACACCCCUGUGUUUUCCUCAACUUCUCCGCUUACGUCUCCCUUCAGUCCAAGUCAACCUUCUGUGACACGAACAAGCAAUGGGGACAGCCAGAUAUCCACAGGAUCCCACCAGCCACUCUAUCAGUCCCGUAUCCGCAUUAGUUCCAGCUGUAGUCCAUCCCAGAGUCCUGUUCUAAAAUCCAGGAUCACCAGCAGCUUGUCCUUUAACCGUGGGACCAUGCAAAUGGCUAAAGCCAAUGGAACAGCAGGCCUCACCCGUGUUUCUUCAUUCCAAACUCGACUUCACCCCAGUGGCUUUUCGUCUUCUGCACAAGGCAGUGACAGUGAAAGUCUCCACAGCUCCUCAUCCAGCCUAGAGUGUACUCUUCCAACGAAACCUUUCCAAUCACUCCGUCCUACUCAGACAUCUGUUGGCUCUGGUAUCACAGUCCCAAAUGUACCCAGCCCAGUCCUGAAAAAAUUUUCCUCCCAUGGAAGUGUAUUUCAUUCUGAGAUUGAGCGCCCCGGAGUCCGUCUGGUGCCAAUGCCUUCCAAUAACCAUGGUUCUUUGCCAUCUUUAGAUCUACAUAUUGCUGAAGACCAGAUUCCUGACCUGGUUCCUUCUCCAGAUGCUGGAUAUCCACCAUCAGAGGGAUGGAGUUCGCCAUCACCAGAUUACAAACGUCCUCUGUCUAGGAACACCACAUCGAUUAGUCGCGAGCCUUCAUUUUCCUCUUCUUCAUCUUCGUCACCACCUACUGAAUGUACACCUCUCAACUGCAGCUUGACUUCCUCACCUUCUCCUUCUCCAGUUUUUGGACCUGUCCAACCAGCCACUCUUCAGAAGUUCCCAGUGUCUCUGCAAAGCUCUGUUGGAAGAUCUAAUGGUUCUGGUCCAGAGCAGCUUAACAGACCAUUGCCACGGACACAACUAAGAGUCAACCUCCACUCCAUACCUACUGUAUCUUCUCAUUCAGCCAAGGAGAAGACAGAAGUGUCCUUCAAAAGUCAACCUCAUAUCAUAUCAGGAGGGAGGACAUCAAGUGCCAAUAACUUUAUCAACCAAGUUCCACCCUUUUCAGGCAUUUUGAUGCAAGCACACCAACAUGAAGAAUUUGGGCAAGAAUCAAACCAUGUCAAUAAUGUGAAGCCUUCAGAAAUAAAUUCAUCAACAGAGAAGCUCCGUUCCAUGAUGCAGAGGGCCAACUCCUUUAAUAAAGCCGAUAAUGAUAUUUUACAAGGUCAGUCUGUUCGAGAAGACACAGUCAUUGAAAAGUCAGCAGGUCGUGUAGCUGAUCUUAUAAAGAGUGUACAAGAAACGGCCACCAAUGAAAAGUCCUCCUCCUCAAGCAGAUUACAAGGAAAUGGACAUAUGACCUCCAUAUCUAAUGUACAUGAUGACCAGCAAAAGCAGAAGCUAUUGGAAGGAUCUGGGAAUAGUGUUCCCUCACUCAAUCAUUGCCUUCGCAGUGAACCCAAGCUGAAGGUACCGCCAGAAGUCCCCUUGAUGGUGUCGUGUAAGGAAGAAGAUGUUUCACAGAACUUGGUGGAAGAAAAAUUACAGGUCACAGAUUCCAUAUUGGAAGAUUACAGCCCCAAAUCAGAGCGAGCGAGCAGCGGCAGCAGCAGGAUGGAGGAGCCGAGCCUGGCCAGACCAGCAGAAGACGCUAAGAUGUGCGAGGAUCUGGGCCGGGAGCCCUUCGGCUACGUAGGCAUCGACUCCGUGCUGGACCAGAUGAAGCGCAAGGCCAUGAAAUACGGCUUUGAGUUUAACAUCAUGGUGGUGGGUCAGAGCGGUUUGGGCAAAUCCACACUUGUGAAUACUUUGUUCAAGUCAAAAGUGAUCCGCAAAGCUCCCGGGGCCGGGAUUCCUAAAACUUUGGAAAUGAAAGCCGUCAGUCAAGUGAUCGAGGAGAGAGGGAUGGAAAUGAGGCUCACGGUGAUCGACACGCCAGGAUUUGGAGAUCAGAUCAACAAUCAAAACUGCUGGGAACCAAUUAUUAAAUACAUCCAUGAGCAAUAUGAGAAAUACUUGAGAGAGGAGAUCCUGGUCAACCGGAAACGCAGAAUUCCAGACUCACGUAUUCACAGCUGCAUCUACUUCAUCCCCCCCACAGGCCACUGGCUGAGACCGCUGGACCUCGAAUUCAUGAAACGCCUAGGCCGUAUUGUGAAUGUAGUUCCCAUCAUUGCGAAAGCGGACACACUCACAUUGGAAGAGAGGGAAGAGUUCAAACAGAGGAUAAGGAAGGACCUGCAGACCCAUGGAAUCAGUGUGUACCCCCAAGCAGAGCUGGACGAAGACCCCACAGAGGCUUUACUAAACAGCAAAAUCCGGGAGAAGAUACCUUUUGCCGUGGUAGGGACGGACGAGGAACAUCAGGUCAACGGCAGGAGGAUCCUAGGACGAAAGACCAAGUGGGGCAUCAUAGAAGUGGAGAACACAUCGCACUGUGAAUUCGCCGAUCUGAGAGAUUUGCUGAUCAGAUCCAACCUUCAGGACCUGAAGGACAUAACCCACAACAUCCACUACGAGUCCUAUCGGGUCAGCCGGCUGAACGAGAAGAUGAACGGCACUCCGUCACAGCUGAAGGAGCCUUCCGGCUUAUGAGUCACGGGCAACGCCUCCAAAAUAGUGCCUGUCUAAUGGACAUAUCGGCUCACCGCCGGUCUCACUUCACCACAGAGACAGCCAAUAAAAUGGUGGACUCACCACGUCAACCUCCGAUGUACGCCAACACUGCCGACCUAUGUCACAACCACUUGUACACUGUGCCGGACGUCUCCCAGGCACACCACAACUCAUUGACAUCUGUGCCGGAGAUGCCAGUCACUGCCCGUGCCACACCACACCUUGGUGAUGGUCAACUUCAAUGACUCGUAAAGCCACUUGUCAACCAUAUGUCAGUCCAAACCAGUGGGUACAAGUAAAAGCAAAGGUCCACUAACCCAAACUGGUUGACUGCCACAUGAGUGCCUCGAUGUCUGAUACCCCAAGAUUCUUGAAAUAACAUCGAAGUUUUAGAUCUGGUGGACACCAUAAUGCUGUUUUGCCAAGUAGAGGACCAUCGAUGGUGUUUGAAGUUCUGUUCUAAACUCCAUUUUAUGGAACCAAGGCCAAGUUGAAUGUCUUCAUAUCAAUCUAUCGGUUCUGGGGUAUCAAAGCAACACCCCAAAUUAGGUCUAGGAAUGCUACCCAUGCCCAGGUACGCCACCUCUCUGGCAAACAUUCAAUACAUCCAGUUUGUAUGACAGGUACACCAGUUCAUUACCAGUGGAGUAUAAUUGACUGAACCCGCCAUGUCCCGAGCAUAUUUGUCCCCUGUGGGCGGAAUGUACACGCGUAAUUAUACCAGUUUGUGCCCAUUGAAUGAGCCUUGACAACAGCAGCAAUAUACAACUGAAGAAUCGACCAAAAAUACAGUUAAAGGAGACGGCCUGGCGCGUGACCUGCGACAUUUCUAUUUUCCUAAGAUGAUUUGUAUAUGUUUCUAUAUAAAGGACCAAGACUGUCAGCAACCAGGAGGAGGCGAGGUCUGUACGGUGCCCCCCGGGCCGAGCGACAACGAGACGGUGGAGAGAUUCUUCUAUAGAGAUACCAGAAUGUAAAGUGAAAGAAAGAGAAAUACACAUUUAUAUAUAAUGUUAUGUCACAGAAGUUUUUUUUCUCCAGAUUUUUUUUAACAAUUUAUUUACAAUAUAAGAAUCUUUCAUCUUGUCUGUUUUCUAUGUAAAACAAAAUCGGGUCCAUAUCUUAUCUGCUAUUAUUUUCUAUAACUGUUCCCUGAGUCUGAGAUUCUCCAUAAAUAAAAAUGAGUUCAGAC